UAAUUUGUGAUUGGUAUCACUAAUAAUUGCCCUGACCCCAUCCAUCAAAAGUUUAUAUAGUCAAUGUGAUACCAAUUUUAAGCUUAUUUUUGCUCUUUAAAAACGUUAUACUAAAUGGAUAACGUUUGAGAGAAGCGGUGUGCGUUAAAGACGAGUUUAGAUGCAGUGCAAUAUGAUUUUGUAUUGAAAUCUAUUGUUCACUGUACAGAGGUAUCAUGGGGUCCAUGCGACCAACCGGACGAUUCCUUUCGUUUACGAAGAACAUUCCGAGGGCACAGAAACCAACUGUGGCCAGUGGGUUUCCCCAAAGUUUGUCCGGUAGCGAGACGGAUGUCUCAACAUCAAACGAGAACCUGUCCCGUGAGGAGCGCUACGUGGUGCGCCACACCGCGCGCGUCGAGCCACAGGGACAGGAAACCCAGAACAAUAAUAAUAACAACAGGAAUUCCUUGAAGGAAAGCGUGACCGGCAGCAACCGCAACUCUCUGAAGGAGUCCGUGGGCGGCGGUAACAGUAACCGGAGCUCCCUCGAUGUGUCAUCUUCAUCAUACAACACGCUCAUCAUACACAACCAAGACGACCCAUGGCCGACGCGGCCGACGCCUAUUCGAGAACACGAACGAACCAGCAGCGAAGUGAAGCACACCACAACUCAAUCCUCGCCAUACCACACGCUAAAGAAAACUGAAACCAAGAAGCCUAGCGGCAUACCACUUCCCAAGGUCCACAAGGAACAAGCUGUCACCACCACGGCCAACUACAUUGAUAUUGGUGGGCAGAGGAUCUACACUAGUCCCCCUGAUCAUUCCGUUCAGGAAAUAACCGAGAUCCCUGAUGACUUCCUCAACCAAUCAUCAGUCCUCAAACACCUGGCCAAAGAGGUGGCCGGCACGCCGAGCGCGGAGCGCGGUCCCACCGAGCGGAAACCGAAGGGCAAACCCAACAAGCUUAGCAAGGAGAAGCUUAGCUUGAGUCGCUCGCAGCCGGACCUUACUGGUGUGGGCACUGGCGUGGGCUCGGGCGUGCGCGCCGUGCCGGGCGGCUCGGAGUCGUCGGGCUGGUGCAGCGGCGGCGAGGGCUCCGUGGGCGGCGAGGAGCCCGACGACGCCUUCGCGGCCGUGCUGGACGCCCUCGCCGCCGAGAACCAGCAGCUCAAGAGGCAGCUCCAAGACGCGCUCGAGCGCGUCUCCAAGACCAACAAGUUGGAAGAGGAAGUCGAAAAAGUCCGAUGCGCUCACGAAGAACUAGUCGGGUCAUGUUCCCGACGGGAGCAACUAGAGCGAGCCGCGCGCACGAGACUGCAGGCAGACUGCCGCCGGCUGCACGACCUCAACCGCGCGCUUAAGCAACAGGUGGAGUUGUUGUCGGCGGGCGUGCGCGCCGACGGCGACAGCAACGCGGAGGCGCUGCGGAAGGAACUGCAGAACAGGGAGAUGCUCAUCGCUCAACUCAUUGCACAGAACAAGGAGCUGGCAUGCAGUAAAGAGCGACAAGAGAUAGAGAUGGCAGCCCAACGAGCCACUCUACAAGAACAGCGCACGCAUAUCGACAUACUCGACACCGCGCUCACCAACGCGCAGGCCAACGUCGUGCGCCUCGAGGAGGAGUGCCGCCAUGCAAGCGGCUACGUGGAGCGCGUCAUGGGCCUUCAACGCGCGUUGGCGUCUCUCCAACAAGCUUCAGACCGCCGCGAACACACCGAGAGAAAACUCAGGGCACAGCUCGAGAAGGAACUACAGACAUUGAGAAAACGCGAGUGCAACUGCGGCGAGCGCGGCGCGAGCACCGCGGGCGGCGAGGCGGAACUGCGCCGACAGCUGAGGGAGCGAGACGAAAGACUCCUCGCGCUAGAGGGAGAGUGCGCCAAGUGGGAGCAACGCUACCUUGAGGAGGCGGCCCUAAGACAGGCUGCUGUUUCUGCUGCUUCAAUACCCAAGGACGCAAAAAUAGCUGCUCUAGAGAAGACCUCAGCGGAGUCCGAGCGGCUGAUGGCCGAGGCCCGCAGCGAGAAGAUCCGACAUAUGGACGAGCUGCAUUUAGCGCAGAAGAAACUGGCUGACCAGGAGAGCAGGGUUAAGGAGCUGGAGUCGAAGGUAGCGGAGCGCGACGCGAUGAUCAAAGUGCUGCAGAAACACACCAGCGCCGCCUACGACAGCGGCGCCUCUCUGCGGAACAACUCCAGCCGCGAGGAACUAGUGGGCCUGUCGUCGGGCGCGUCGUUCUCCAGCGCGGAGGGCGUGGGCGGCGUGCCGGCGCGCUACCGCCACCUCCAGCGCCGCAACUACUCCCCGCAGGAGAACUGCAGCGGUUGCGGGUUCGACAGCACGUCGCUGCGGCUGGACGAGCAGCUGGCGGCGCUGGAGUCGCGGCUGGAGCGGCCGCCCGUGCCCGCCCGCGGCCUCUGUUGCUUCCCCGGCUUGGGCACGGUUGGAGCUCGCGGCACUAAUGGCCGCGGCGAGGAAGCCCUACUACUCGAGAGACAGGGCCGGGCCUCGCAGCAAACCCGCUCAUCCAGCCUACCGCCCCCGCCGUCCGCCCUCCCGCGUCCUCCAAGGAAACCCUCAGCCAGCAGAAUCACGAGAUACGACCGGCUGGAACACACGAACAACAGGAAGGACUCGGACGGCUCUGGCUCCAUCGCCUCGACGGCCUCCCGCAGCUCACCACUUCCCUACGACACCGUGCGCAAGCUCCCCUCCGUGCCCACGUCGGCCUCACUGCCCGCGGCCGAGUCCCGCGAGUCCCUCGUGCGGCCCCGGGACUCGAGUCUUCCGUCGCCGUCGAAGCUCGCGGUGUACGCGGCGGCGCGGCGCCGCUCCGCUGAGUCAGCGAAGGAUAAUAAACGGACGCACCAUUAUCGAAUUCAGUUCUAGUCAUUGAAUAUGUGUCUUUUGAUAACGUCUUGGGUAGUCUCUAGUUUUUGACGAAAUCACACUAGUAGAGCCUAAUUUCUGGUUGUGAAUUUUAUCGGCAUUUAGUGCUCCUAACAUAUUACCGUCCAUAAUACCACUUUACUUUCUGCAGCGUUUCCGAAGGGCCCCUGGAAUUUAUAAAGAAACCAUACUAUAAUAUAAUAUAACCAACAAGACAAGACGCAAAUGUUGCGCGCGCGUAUAGCACAAUUUUUCUUUUAGGUACAGCCGACUUUCCUUGCUCCAAAGCUAUGGUUAUGGCUUGUGACACAGCUUCGCAUAGAAAGGGAUUCAAAGGGACUUGACAAGACAAACGCCUACACCUGUCCUUUGUCCGUACCUAUAUCUUACUCAAAACUUGCAGUAUUAGGUACGAACAUUGCUUAAGUUACUGGGAAGAUACUCGCAAGAUGUGACUUUGUUGGUUACCUACGUUUAAGUGUUUUUGAAGACAAUCAAAAUAAAAUUGUUCUUAUUUUAGUCAUGUCAAACGAAAACUUCACAAGAAAUAAACAAGAUAAUUCAUACUUACAGAUUUCUAAGUUUCAAAGAAAAUAGGUAUAGGUAAUGACUAAUGAGCAACGAAAUACGUCUUAAUUGUUUUAAAUAUAAUUUCGUGUGUAAUUGUAGCAUCACAGAAUUCACAGAGCCUUCGAAAAUUAUUAUCUCUAUCGCUUUACUCCGGCAUUUGGUAGAAUAGCUGUGGAUUGUUUUUUUUAGUAAAAAGGUCGAUUAGGUCGUCUUACCAACCGCCACAGUUAAAUGUUAGACAAUUGUUGUAGUAAUGUGAGUAUAAUAUAGUAUUAACUUGCAUUUAGUGUGCCACCUAUUGUUUUGUAUAUCGCCCUAACGGCUCAAAAUAACUAUAUGGACCUACCUAGUUGUGAACUUAGUAUUUCUACUAAUGUAUGUUAGUUCAGACACUUUACUCAGUCACUAUAUUAAGUAUAAACAGAGACGUAUAGAUUUUUUAUGAUUAAUUAAUUGUAAGAG